AUGGCGUCGGCGUUUGGGGAUGGACCAACCAAUCCGCCGCGAGUUUUGCUGGCCAAGCUCGGCCUGGACGGGCACGACCGCGGGGUGAAGGUGAUCGCGCGAGCGCUGCGGGACGCUGGGAUGGAGGUCGUUUACCUCGGCAUGCGCGUUACGGUGGACCAGGUUGCGGCGGCGGCAGCGCAAGAGGACGUGGACGUAGUCGGUAUCAGCAUCCUGUCAGGAGCGCACCUGCGGCUGAUGCCGAGAAUGGUUGACGCGCUGGACCGGCACGGGCUGCGCGGAAGCUCUACCGAGGACAACGUAAUGCUGCUAGUCGGGGGGACGAUACCCGACGGCGACGUACAACCGCUGCGAGAGAUGGGAGUGGACGGCGUGUUCCCGGUGGGGACUUUCACGGGGGAGAUGGUGGAAUUCAUCCAUUCCGCACUGUCGUCAGACGCCGAGCACUGGGACGCUCGGCUGGAAACAAUGGACCCGGCAGAGCGGGACGGGUUGAUCCUGCAGAAGCUCCAGGGCCAGGUGCGCUACGCCUGGGAACGAUCCGGGUUCUACCGCGAGUUCUGGCGGGACGCCCCGGUUGACCCCGCGCACAUCCAGAGCCUCGAGGAGUUUGCCCGCCUGCCCAUCCUGACCAAGGAAGAGGUGCGGGUCGAGCAGGAAGCAUAUCCGCCGUACGGCAGGUUCCUGUGCGUAGCUCAAAAUGACAUUCACCGUAUCCAUGGGACAUCGGGAACCACGGGACGGCCGACGGUGUUUGGCAUCAGCAAGGGCGAUUGGGAGCGGAUUGGCGAGGCGCACGCGCGUAUCCUAUGGGCGGCAGGAGUGCGGCCAACCGAUACGGUGAUGGUGGCGGCGGUGUUCAGCCUGUACGUGGGCAGCUGGGGAGCAUUGGUAGGCGCGGAACGGCUGGGCGCGACGUGCUUCCCCUUCGGGGCGGGAGCGCCCGGUCAGACAGAGCGAGCCGUGGAAUGGGCGCAGAUGGUGCGGCCGGCGGCGCUUUACGCCACACCGUCAUACGCGCUGUAUCUCGCUGAGACGGCCCGGGAGAUGGGCGUCGAUCCGCGUACGGACUUUGGGUUCCGCCUGAUGUUCUUCAGCGGGGAGCCGGGGGCCAGCGUACCGGCGACGCGGCAGGCGAUUGAGGAUGCUUUCGGUUGCUACGUGGUGGACCAGGGCAGCAUGGCCGAGAUGACGCCGUGGAUGACCAACGGCGGGUGCCGGCGCUUGGCGCGCGGGAUGCACCUGUGGCAGGACAUCGUGUAUACGCAGCUCGUGGAUCCCGAAACCAGCGAGCCGGUUGUAAUGGGCGGCGAGGGAGUGCCGGUGUACACGCAUUUGGAGCGGGAGUCGCAGCCGAUGAUCCGGUACUGGUCGGGGGACAUCGCCCGCUGGGAGAUGGCGGACUGCCCGUGCGGGCGAACCUAUCCGACCCUUACCCAGGGGAUCUAUGGCCGGGCGGACGACAUGCUGAUUAUCCGAGGUCAGAACGUGUUCCCCUCACGCGUGGAAGAUGUGCUGCGCGGGUUGGACGAGUUCGGCGGGGAAUUCCGGCUGGUGGUGGCGCGGGAACGCGGCUACCUGGACCAAUUGACGGUGCAGACCGAGGUGUCCGCCGGCCUUUGGGCAUCUGCGGGUGAGGGCGGUCCCGAGGGAUUGGAGGCCCUGCGUGAUCGCGUGCGGGAUACCCUACGGCGAGCACUGGGCGUCGGCGUCUCCGUCGAGCUCAGGCCCGAGGGCGAAUUCGAACGGACGCAGUUCAAGGCUCGGCGGGUCAUCGACCUGCGAUAG